AGAAGCUGCGUCGUCACUUCCGGCAGAUAUUAUUUCCAACAUGGCGUCCAGCGGACUGAGGCUGAACUUCUGGGAGAACGGACCCGCUCCGGGCCAGCUCUACUCCCUGUCCGGCCCCGGGGCCACCGGGGCGGGCUGCGGGCCGGUCAGACACACGCUUAACCCCAUGGUGACGGGGACGUCGGUGCUGGGCGUGAAGUUCACGGGCGGCGUGGUGAUCGCGGCGGACAUGUUGGGCUCCUACGGCUCUCUGGCUCGCUUCAGGAACAUCUCCCGCCUCAUGAAGGUGAACAACAACACCAUCCUGGGCGCGUCGGGGGACUACGCCGACUACCAGUACCUGAAGCAGGUCAUCGAGCAGAUGGUCAUCGACGAGGAGCUGCUGGGAGACGGACACAGCUACAGCCCCAAGGCCGUCCACUCGUGGCUCACCAGGGUCAUGUACAACCGCCGCAGCAAGAUGAACCCGCUGUGGAACACCGUGGUCAUCGGAGGAUUCUACAACGGAGACAGUUUCCUUGGUUACGUGGACAAGCUGGGCGUGGCCUAUGAGGCGCCCACAGUGGCCACGGGCUUCGGAGCGUACCUGGCUCAGCCUCUGAUGAGGGAGGUGGUGGAGAACAAAGUGGAGAUCACCAAGCAGGAGGCGCGGGACCUGGUGGAGCGCUGCCUCAAAGUGCUCUAUUACAGAGACGCUCGCUCCUACAACAGGCAUGAGAUCGCCAUCGUCACAGAGGAGGGCGUGGAGAUUAUCGGCCCUCUGUCCUCAGAAACCAACUGGGACAUCGCCAACAUGGUCAGCGGGUUCGAAUGAAGACGUUCUGCAUCAAAGACAACCGCAACUUUUCUUUCACAGUUUAGUUUUUUUUCUCAUGUUCAUUGUAACUUUUGUAUAAUGGAAAAUAAAUGUGACCAAAAACAGUUUCAAACGUG